UCGCAUUGUCGUUUUGGUGUCUCACGUUACAGUGUCAUUUGUGUCUCGUAUAACAGUGUCAUUUGUGUCUGGUAUAACAGUGUCAUUUGUGUCUCGUAUAACAGUGUCAUUUGUGUCUGGUAUAACAGCGUCAUUUGUGUCUGGUAUAACAGUGUCAUUUGUGUCUGGUAUAACAGCGUCAUUUGUGUCUGGUAUAACAGUGUCAUUUGUGUCUGGUAUAACAGCGUCAUUUGUGUCUGGUAUAACAGUGUCAUUUGUGUCUGCGUCAUUUGUGUCUGGUAUAACAGCGUCAUUUGUGUCUGGUAUAACAGCGUCAUUUGUGUCUGGUAUAACAGCGUCAUUUGUGUCUGGUAUAACAGCGUCAUUUGUGUCUGGUAUAACAGCGUCAUUUGUGUCUGGUAUAACAGCGUCAUUUGUGUCUGGUAUAACAGCGUCAUUUGUGUCUGGUAUAACAGCGUCAUUUGUGUCUGCGUCAUUUGUGUCUGGUAUAACAGUGUCAUUUGUGUCUGGUAUAACAGCGUCAUUUGUGUCUGGUAUAACAGCGUCAUUUGUGUCUGGUAUAACAGCGUCAUUUGUGUCUGGUAUAACAGUGUCAUUUGUGUCUGGUAUAACAGCGUCAUUUGUGUCUGGUAUAACAGUGUCAUUUGUGUCUGGUAUAACAGUGUCAUUUGUGUCUGGUAUAACAGUGCCAUUUGUGUCUGGUAUAACAGUGCCAUUUGUGUCUGAUAUAACAGUGCCAUUUGUGUCUGAUAUAACAGUGUCAUUUGUGUCUGAUAUAACAGUGUCAUUUGUGUCUGGUAUAACAGUGUCAUUUGUGUCUGGUAUAACAGUGUCAUCUAAGUGUUUCGUAUAA